AUGGCUCCUCCGCACGUCCCUGAAGCCGCCAUCUUUCCCGUCCUCAAGGACAAGGUUGCACUCAUCACUGGUGGUGCGCAGGGAAUGGGCAAGGCCACUGCAGAGGUCUUUCUCAAGGCCGGCGCCAAGGUCGUCAUCUGCGAUGUGCAGCAAGACAAGGGCGAGGAGGUGGCCAAGGAGCUGUCUGCUCUAGGCGAGGUCUACUUCACCAGGGCUGACAUCUCAUCUUCUGAGGAUGUGGCUGCCCUCGUCAAGUUCACAGUGGACAAGUUUGGUCGUCUGGACUGCGCAGUGAAUAACGCUGCGCUGACUCCUGACAAGACACCGCUUACCGACUUUGACGAGACGUACUGGGAUAAGCUGAUCAGCAUCAACCUCACUGGCACGGCGCUGUGCGUCAAGCACGAGAUGAAGCAGUUCAUCGCCCAGGGAGGCGGUGGUUCCAUUGUCAACAUUGCCAGCAUCAACGCCUUCAAGCCACAGCCCAACAUGCCGGCCUACACAGCUGCCAAGCACGCCCUCGUGGGUCUGACAAAGCACGCGAGCAUGGAGGGUGGCCCGCAUGGCAUUCGAGUAAACGCCGUGGCGCCAGGAGCCAUCUUUACUGUCAUGGCUGAAAAGGCUCUGGAGAUUAUGGGGACGACACACGACGAGUUCGCGCCAACCGUCAGCUACCUGAGCCGGUUCGGCAUGCCCCACGAGGUGGCACAGGGAUCUCUCUGGCUGUCUUCGCCGGCAUCUUCCUAUGUGACGGGAAUCACCCUCCCGGUGGACGGUGGCUUCAUGGCCAAGUAA